UCAAGCUAAGGCCAUUUUAUUUGAAAAUUGUCAAAUAAGGAAACUGAAAAUACUGUGAUUUUGAAUUAAAUCCUGAGCUUUCUUCAGUUUUUAAUAUAAGUCAUUAUAAUAUGAAUCCUUGUUCCAUAGCGACUCCCCAACAGGAUACAGAAGGCGAUGGAAGAUGGAAUAGUAUUCAUAACAGAUUCCUUUCCGAUGCUAAAGGAAAAGAUGCCGAUGUAAUCUUCAUUGGUGACUCAAUUCUUCAAGCAUUGGAACAUACAGAAGUAUGGAACCAAUGGUUUGCCCCGUUACACUGCCUUAACUUCAGUAUACAUAGAGAUCAAACACAAAAUGUACUAUGGCGCAUUAAAAAUGGUGAACUUGACCAUGUAGAUCCAAAAGUAAUUGUGUUACAUGUAGGAACAAAUAAUAUAGAACACACAGCUGAACAAAUUUGUGAAGGUAUCAUAGAAAUAAUUCAUACUAUUCAAGAGAAACAUCCUAGUGUCUAUAUUGUUAUACCAAGUCUUCUCCCCAGAGGUAGACAUCCAAAUUCAUUACGGGAGAAACAUGUUAAAAUAAAUCAUUUGUUAAGAGAGAAAGUUGCCACUAUGAAAAAAGUAGAUAUGGUUUCAAUUGAUAAGGGCUUUAUUCAGAGUGAUGGAACAAUUAGCCACCAUGAUAUGCAUGAUUACCUAAUACCCACAAAUGCAGCCUUUCGGAAGGCCUUUGAGCCUGUUCAUGAUCUCUUGCAUCAGUUAUUAUCUGAAGGAGAACCAGAAAUUGACUUGACACCUUCAGAAUAAACAUUAUUAUAGUAUUCAGGAUAUAUAUCAGCUUUUUUUUUGGCAAGCUCAUUGUGAUUAUACAGUAGUACUUAUUUAUAAUUAGCUUUUUUUAUUAUAGGCUUAAGAAUUUAAUGUGUUGAAUAGUUUAUAUUUCACUAACUAAUACAUUCCUGGUUUUAUUGUGUAUUGGCUGUGUAUAUUUAAGAAUAUUUGAUUUAAAAAAUAUAAAAAUGAAGUAAUUACUUAUGAAGAUAAUGAUUGUAAAAUAUUCAACUCAUACCAAAUGAACUAUUUUUGUAUCUGCAAACAUUUUCAAUUGGCUAGUUAAAUUACUUAAUUAUUUCUUAUAAUAAUUUGAAGUAAUGGCAUGUGAUUCAUUAUCAAUUAUAUCCUAAUGGAUGUACUGUGUAUAGAUGCAUUUAUUAUAUUAUAAUUAUGUAAACAUCAAACAAAGUUGGAUCAUGAUAAGCCUGUUAAAGUAAUAUAAUUUUUUACUAAAUUUUCUUAGAAUUUACAUGUAUAUCACUUCAUGUAAGGUUUUUUAUUACAAGACUCAUUAUUACUGAAUAUGGUAAUGCAGUAUAUGGAUUUGGCUUAAUAUGCAACAUUUUUUAUGAACAAAGAAGCUGCAUAUUAAUAUUUUGCAAAGAUGGUUUUUCAACACCUAUGGAAACUCAUUUCAUAUUAAGUAUUUUACAAAGUGUUAUUAUUUCAUAUUUGUUUUAACAUGUAUUGAUUUAGGAACAAUUAGCUAUUGGGUCAAUUAUCAGAAUUAAAAUAUUUAUUGUUAUCAAGAAAUACUGCCAUGUAAUUAACCUUACUGAAAAAUUAACUUGUAUUGACAGGGUUAUGUUCUUAAUAUUAUAUUAAUUAUUCUUGGUAUAUAUGUAACUGAAUAUGUUUGUAAACAUACUAUGAUUCAAUUUGAAUUUGAUAAAAUAAAUUUAUGAAUAUCUCAAGUACAUAAAAGACAAAUAAUAUUUGCUUAUAAAUUUUACUUCUCUAAAACUUUUCACAGAGUGAAUUGUCAUUUAACCAAAGACUUAAUUUUACCAAAGGUUGAAUUUAACAAAAGACAUUGAAAGAUAUCAUCACAAAGGGUUGUUAUGAGCAAAAUCUCACCAACAGAAAUAGUAAAAAAUAUUAUUCCUCAAUGAAAACAACUUAAUAAUUAGGCAAGAAAUGUUUUCAAUUCAGUUCAUAGAAUAAUAAAUGCAUUGUGUUGAGAUAUUAAGGUAUGGUAUGGUAAACAGUGAUAAUUUGUUUUUCCAGUGUAAAGUUUUACAAUUUCAUAAUAUACUACUGUAGAAUUUUAGCUACUCAAGUUGCCAAAAUGCUUGAAUCUCAAAUGUUAUUAUUUAUUUGCAUGAAUAAGCUUGAAGUAAAAGUGCAAUUAUUGUUUCUUG